AAAACUCAGGCGUCAGCAGCAAACCCACUGAGAGCUGGGGUUCAGAUUGGCCUACAACUUUCCAAGUGCUGCUUUCUUUUCAGAGCUCUUCCGCCUUCCACACUUGCUGCAUCCUUGCACACUUGCUUCGAUGAACUGAACUACUGAGAGGAUGAAAAGAGGUUUUUACCCCCAAUAACGACAUUAAAGACAAAACAACAAACUUCAACUAAGAAUGAAGACAAUCGUCUUGUUUGGUUUGGUGCUGGGAGCGAUUUCUGCUGCAGGCAAAGUUUUUUUUGGAGAGGUUGGAGGCAAAGUCAAGCUAGAAUGUGGCGUCAACAGCUUCAGCAAUAUGGUGGACUGGCGUCAUGACGGGCUUGUCCUCAGAAUCUUCAAAAAGAAUUUUCCUUCCAAAGGACAAAGUAAAUUUCGUCAGAGGGUAAAGGUAAUAGAAGAGAUAAACAUGGAAAUCUCAGGGAUAAUUGAAAGCGAUUUUGGAAAGUUUACUUGUGCUGCAGAUGGUUCAAGUCAUGAACACGAUCUGAUCGUAGUUUCAGUCUCUGUUCCCUCUGGUCCUCUGAAGGUUGGCGCUGAUGCUACUCUGGAGUGUAAAACAAAUUCUGGAGUGUCAGGUCAAUUCAACCCUAAAGUCAAGUGGCAGAAACCCGAUGGUUCAGUUCAGAUCGAAACCAGAGUUGAGCUCAAACCCGUCGCUUCAUCAGAUAAAGGGAUCUGGUCGUGUGUAGUGUCCUGUAAAGGGGAGACAUUUGUUAAAAAUGUAACCAUCAAUGUGGAAGAAAAUGUUCCAAAAACAGCAAUUCCUACAUUAGUGGAAAAUCCCAAAUCCUCAAAUUCAGGAAAUGGGAAGAACUCCACUGGUGGCGUCAGAGGAUCUGGGGACCCUUUACUGCUGCUGGGCCUGGCUUGGUGGAUUUGGGCUGCAAUCGGAGCCGGAGGCCUGAUAGUUAUCAUCCUGAUCAUCGUCAUCAUUGUCGUGCACAAGAGGAACAAGAGAAGGAAGAAUAAAUUUCUGAGGAUGAAGAAAGCUCAGACACCAAAGAAGUACUGCCAGUGUGUGCGCCAAGCAGCUGCAGCAAAGCCGCAGCAAGGACGGCGGAGAGAGAAGCCGUCAGCCCUGCCGCUUCAACCUCUGCUGCAGGAGUGACAUGAAAGAGGGAGGAAGGAGAGAUAAAGAGAGAGAUGGAGAUAAAGAGAAGGAGUGAAACAGCAGAGGGUGAAUGUGGCAUGAAUGUAAAUGAACGUCUGAAUGAAAGUAUAAUCAAAUGUAACGCUGUCAGCACUUUGAGCUUUUUCAGCAAAUACUGUACAGGCGGUGAUUAUUGUAAUUUUAGCUUUAACAUGUAUUUUUUUAAAUGGUCUUAGUGAUAGCCAUCAUGCUAACGUUUGCAUUUCAGCUAAAAUGAGCUCAUUUUGGUGUAAAAGUACAAGCUAAUUGAUUUAAAGAUGCAGCAUUCAACUUUUAUUUUUAAAAAGGUUUUACUUGUUAAGAUUAUAAACAUGAUGUGACAAAAUGAACUAGUUGAUGAAAAGAUCGAUAUCCUCCACCUCCUCCCUGGACUGAUAUUGCCAUCUGAAGAAAAGCACCACUCCUGACCACAAAUAACCAAUCAGAGCCAGGAGGCGGGUCUCAGCGAUGUCAAUCAUGCUCAUGUACUCAACGUGCUAAAGGGGGAGAAACAACUUCACGUCACAGAAAAACUGUUUAUACACCAUCAUGAGUGGCUUUGCUAACAGGCUUUGCUAGCUGCAGAACAGCAGAAAGCAAGGGGAGAUGAGCACUGUCACAUGGAGAAUGAUUGACAGCACUAAGACCCGCCUCUGGGCUCUGAUUGGUUGUUUCCAGAUAUUAUAGGAGGAGGCAAAAGAGAUUUUUUUUCAUAGAUUUUCAGUCUCUAAAACUGUCACAACAUUGUGACAGUUUCAACAAAUAUGUUAAAUAUAUUUUUAUAGGUUACAUACUGCAGCUUGAAAGUUAAGACUUUUUUCCAACUGUAAUUGUUUCUGUUUCCUCCACCUUAAGAAGUUGCCAGCAUGUGAACAUUCAUUUAUUAAUGCUUGACGCCGACAUGUUUUAUCAUUUGAUAUGUGCUUCUUCAUUUAUAAACUUAUUGCCCUUUCUUAUUGCUGGUUGUAAAUAAAAGUAUUGAAGAUUUGCUUCAAACUAUUUUUUUUUGUAUUUUUAUUUCCAAUCAAUAAAUCAGGUGGGUUACCUA